GGAGGGAGGGAGAGAGACAGAGGGAAAGCGAAAGGCUGAGAGCUGGGGCAUAAAGGCAAUUGUUGUGGGGGAAACUGCUCUGGUUAAUGCUGUAUGGCUCAAUAGCUGGAUUACUUCACGUUCACAGUAAGCGAGAAGAGCCAGAAGAGAGGGAUGGAGUUACCCACUGAGGGCACUCCAAAUGCCUCCUGGUUUACGAACCUUACCCACAAACCUGAAAGGAGAGCUCAACACAAGUUUAUAUAAAGAGGGAGUACCUGUCAGUUACCUGGACCUCAUUUUGGACACAGUCUCGUCCAGCGGUGAGAAUGAGGAAUUUCAGCCCUCUGGGCCAACCCGGAAUGGUGCUUUUACUGGUCACCUGCCCCCUGCUGGCCAUGCUGCAAGGUGCAACCAGUAAAACAGAGAGCGGCCAUCUUGGAGACACUGACCCGGACAGGUGCAUGAGGCACCAUUUUGUGGAGACAAUCACCCACCCCAUCUACAAGUGCAACUCAAAGAUGGUCCUGCUGGCACGUUGCGAGGGCCAGUGCAGCCACACGUCCCGCUCCGACCCCCUCAUCUCCUUCAGCUCGGUCCUGAAGCAGCCGUUCAAGAGCACCUGCUUCUGCUGCCGCCCCCACACCUCCAAGCUGAAGGCAGUACGGCUGCGCUGCUCUGGCGGGACCCGCAUCACCGCCACCUACCGCUACAUCCUGGCGUGCAGCUGUGAGGAGUGCAGCUGAGCCCUGAGGAGGGGGGCAGGACUUCCUGUCCCCCACAGGAAGUGCUGAAUCCCGACAUGUGAGGGACCCUUUUAUCAUCGGUGUGAAAACAACAUCACAACCGAAGUUGAAUAUAUUGUGACAAUCAAAGGGGGGCAGGACUUCCUUUCUCAACAGCAACUAGUACCAAAUCCUGACACGUAGGGGCCUUUUCAUGAUAAAUAAAAUAUUACAAAUUGACAAAACUCGGUCUGCCAGAGAAGGGGGCAGGACUUCCUUGCCCAACAAAUAAUGCCCAAUCCCAACAAAGGGGUGCCCUUUUGCAGAAAAACUUUGUUCACAUUUUUAAAUCCCAGGAAAAGUGGUAAAGUAACAUCUGAAGUAUGAAGAAAAAAAGAAAAAAUCAGAAACAAGAAUCUGUCGGCAAUAUUAAAACAAUGCCGGUCAUCAAACUUUCAAGCAUUACAUGCUGAAAUCCAUGGAAAAUAGCCACACCUGCAGUAAUGUUUGACAUGCUCCAUUGCUUUGAUCUGUGUAAUUAAAAGAAUAUAAAUGUUGGGUACAAUGUUGUAGGCUGAAUACCUUUCGGAAGCACGUCACACCUGAAUACUUUUGUGCCAUUCAUCUGUGUGGGCUACAUGUUGUGAGCUUCACCUCUCGAAAGAACCCCCGCAGUGCGCUAGCUCUGCAGGAUCAGAAAUCCUGUUGUAUUCUGAGUAUUGGCCCCUAAGGGACUCUACCAAGUGGCCAUCCGCAGACAAGGGAAAAGGAUUAUGGACUGCUAACUCAAGAUGGAACAAAUGACCAGUGUAAUGUCUUGAAUGUGCAUUUUAUUUCCAGCUAAUAUUGUUAUAUUAUUAUUAAUAUUAUUAUUAGCUUUGUAAUUAUAGUUAUUGGUAUUAUUGUAAAUUCACCGAUGGGAUAGUAGAUGAGUUUUAACACCCUGGAGUUCCACUCAAUGAGCCAUGUUGAGUACUCAUCAGGGGGACUAGACUUUAUCCUUGCCAUUUAUAUUGAGACAUAAUGUACAAAUCUGUUCUGAAGAGUUGUGUUCCAAAAUGUCAAAUAAAGGCUUGCAAAUUGCAGGCCUUUAAAAGAGAAAUGCUGUCAGGAGAGUUGAAUAUAAUUUGACAGCACACCCUGCCAGUAUGAACAAAGAGUGGUUCAAGUUUUUUAAACAAGGGCUAAUUUCUGUACAUUAUCGACUGGGAUAAUUACAAACAAUCAUUUCAGUUGGGUCGUGGCAUGUGCAUUCUAAGAUGCCUCGUCUGCUUCUCUACUUUGAAACUGAAUGUACAGUAUAUUCUGAUAAAUUAAACACUGGACACAUUGUCCACAGACAAGCACUCCAAUUCCAGAAAAGGGUUUCCAUUUUAUUUGAAGAAUCCAAAAAUCGAGGCCUGAUCUGAAUCGGGUUUUGACAAUAAACAUUCUCCCUUUCUUUAAAGAUUGA